AUGUUGCGCCCUACUACUGAAACAGACGCAGCUGAGCAUCUACAUUUUAGGUUUUCUAAACAUACAUUAUCAUUUGGGCCCGAGGAGUUUUGUAUUGUGUCCGGACUUAGCAUGGGCCGGUGUCCCAGAUCAAGGAUCGAAUUUUCUAAUAUGUAUAAACACGCAUAUGGUGAAAUUACAUGUCGGUCAAGAAUCUUCCCAUAUCAAAGGGACACUAGUUUACUUGUAGAAGAUUUAGAGCUCCUUAUUAUGAAUCAGCGGUUCAAUGAUAUAUCGGCUCACAACGGUGUCCAUGCCAUUUUGCUAUUUAUUCUCAAUCAACGUUUUUUGGGAAAAAGAGCCCAAUGA